GCUUAAACGUUUAAUAUAUCUAUGUGGUGGGCUCAAUAAAGCCCAACAAAGCUUGGUAGAUAAUAACUGUUUGCCUGUCUUCCUCUCGGCAACCGACAAGAAAAGCUCUUGAGUUGCUAAAAUUCCCGGUUCAUCUCUAAAACCGGUAUUCUUACUGUUCCUCUUCGGACAGUGCCCUCCCCAAAGCAAAUCUUCUUCGAUCUGUCUCUUAGACCUAUCGUGUGGUCUCUUGUUACUAAUCCAAAAGUGAGGACUUUGAAGCUUGCAUUUGUUUGGAAGAGGGAUCAAUGGGGAGGAUAAUGGAAUGGGCAGCAAGAUCUAAUCACUUGGGAGGCGUUCCAAGGAAAGCUGUGAUAACAGCUGUUGGUGCGUUUGCGAGAGCAGUUGCUAACCUUUGCAACAAGACCACAGUUCACAAUGCAGAUACUCUUAUGACUCUUGUCCGCUCACGUCCACCUGGUGUUCCUCUCAUCACUGUUAGUAAUCACAUGUCGACUUUAGAUGAUCCAGUAAUGUGGGGAGGGUUCAAGGGUCUUCUUUCCCUAGAUCCAGAGCUGGCUCGAUGGGUUCUUGCUGCAGAGGACAUAUGUUUCAAGAACCCUGUCUUCUCCUACAUCUUCCGCACUGGCAAGUGUAUACCUAUAACUAGAGGUGGUGGAAUCUACCAAGAACACAUGAGUGAAGCUCUCGAGCGAUUAAAAGAUGGAUCUUGGUUGCAUACCUUCCCCGAGGGCAAGGUGUUUCAAGAAGAUGUGCCUAUAAGACGACUUAAAUGGGGAACCGCAAGCCUCAUCGCCCGUUGCCCUGUCACCCCAAUCGUCUUGCCAAUCAUUCACCGUGGUUUUGACGAGAUGAUGCCGGAGAAGUACUUAUAUGGAAGAAGACCACCGUUACCGCUGUGGAACAAGAACCUUCGAGUUGUGGUUGGUGAACCAAUCGAGUUUGAUGUUCCUAUGAUGGUUGAGACCGCUGUCUCUGCAUCCUCCGGUCAUGUAACAGCUCCUCCCCUUCAAGAAGCGAAAUGGCCUGUUCUCUCUUCUGCUGGCCAAAAGCUAGACGAAACUGCUCAAAGAUACCUCUACACAGCACUUUCAGAGAAGAUUCAAUCCUCACUGGAAACACUGAGACUCUUAGCCAAGCGGUUGUGACUUUCGCCUGAAGCUCCCGGUUUAGAUACGCAAUGGACCAAUUGAUAACCAAUUAUUUCCUUUAUUUAAUCUUUUUUGUAGCUGAGAUAUAUCUUACAUUCUACACAUUGUAAUAAGGAUGAAAAAUGUAACAACUUCAAUUUAAACUAGGUGAUAAUCUGCGCGGAGCGAGGAAAUUAUUAAUGUAUUAUAAAUUUUAAUA